AUGUCUAAGUAUGAAAGUGCUGUAGAAUACAAGUCUGUCUCUAUAUCCAGCUGGCGGUCGACGCGGUGGCCUGAGACUCGACGGCGCCACGACAAGAAGAAGGGAGCGCGGGACUCGGGCGAUCGGCCUCGGCAGUGCGGCGCAGAUCGGGGAGAAGAGAGGUUGUGUGCCAGGCGUCCUCUUACGCUGUCCCGAGGGCGGAGGUUCCUCGUCGUCACCACCACAGUCAGCAACAGCCUGCACUUCGACCAGCACGCCAGCUGGACUCCUCUGUUAGUGUGUCUGGUGCACUGUGUGUGUCGUGUUGAUGUGGUCACGCCAGAGAGAGUGUCCGCGGAGGCAGUGAGAGUAUUGAUGAGUGCGGCCAACGCCUCUCUGGGCCCGGGCCGCCCCCGUCCACAGCAGGCCUCGUCGCCCUCCCGUCUCCAGGACCCGUGGGUCCCCCGCGCCGACGGAGGGGCGAGCGUAGCCUCUCGCUCGCCGUCGCAGUCGGCCACCGCCGCCCCCCGCAGCGUCUUCUUCGACACGAUCGCCUCCAACCGGGCCCGGAGGGGCGACGCGAGGCAGGCGUCCACGUCGGCGCACGGCGACCUGGGCGACGUGGUGCUCUUCCUGCAGGGCGCCGAGCAGACCGCGGGCACGAAGCUCGACCACAGCAAGACCAAGGCCGGGAAGAAACACGCCCAGCGGCACGCGCAGCGGAGGGCGGAGCAGAAUCAGGAACUGGUGCAAGUCGAACAACAAGUUCAGCAGCUGCUCCAGCAGCAACAGGCCCAACAGCAGAAAAUUCAGCAGGACGGAGCAAGGUACCAACAGCUUCAGAAACAAUAUCAGCAGAUAAGCGCGCAGCUACAGAAGCAGACGCAGGUUUUCCAGACGUUGCAGCAGCAGUAUUUAGAGUUCACUCAGCGGUAUCGACAAAAAAGGCGGCUAACUCCUCAACAGCAAAGUCAGCAGCUGCAAUGGCAACAGUAUUAUCAAUAUAAAAUCAGCCAUCAGCACCAGCAAGUGCAACAGAUAGGGCAACAACAGGCUCAGACACACCAGCAACUAGUGCAGCUCUACCAGCAAUUGCAGCAACAACAACAGGCACAACAGCAGCUACAGCAACAUAUACAACAGCAACUACAACGACAAGAACAGCUCCAAAAGCAACACGAACAACGAGAGCAAGAGCAGCGAGAGCAGGAAGAGCGAGAGCAAGAGCAGCUGCAGCCGCCGCGGAGGCCGAGUCCCCGCCCGACCUCCCCGAAGGCCGACGCCGGGCAGCAGCGGGCCGGAACCUCGUUCGACGGCAUCAACGACCUCCUUCGCAAUGUACUAAACGCGGAGGACGAGGGCGAGGAAGGGGACGAAGAGGUUGAUUUAGUGGAACUGUUAGAAGAGACAGAGGAGGAAGAAGAGGAGGACGACGACGACGAAGAGACUCAGGUAGACCAAGAAUAUCUGAAAAACAAAGUAGAAGAGUGCGCGGCGCAGAUCCGAUCGCUGAGCACAGACGACCUAGUAAGUAGUGACCUGGAAGUUGUGCCUCGCGUGCGCCGAGCUUCCUUGUGUCUCAGCAAAGGGCCCUCACACCUGAACGUAGGGCCCUCCUUGACGCACCUAGGUCCGAGCGGCGUACAAAAAGGUCCCGCCCACCUGAACAAAGGUCCGGCGCGCCUCAACAAAGGUCCCAGGUACCUGACCAGAGGGCCGAGUAAACUGAGCAAAGGGCCACAAGACCUGAAUGUCGGGCCGGCUCGCCUGAACGUCGGCCCUUCGGACUUCCACUCCGGCCCUUCGGAUCUGCACAGGGGGCCGUCGGGAGUCAACCGGGGCCCCGGAGUCAACAAGGGCCCAGGCCACAUCAACAAGGGUCCUGCAGGAGAGUAUACCGGUCUUCCUACGCCUUACAAAGGGCUCUCCUCACUGGCCAAAGGUCCUUCCCAAAAGAUCCUAGGCCCGGCUAGCACGCGACGUUCAACGGAAGCCCUUCACUGAAGCUGAAACGC